AAGCUUUCGUGUUACGUAGAUAAGAAACCAACCACAUGAAAUCUGAUUUUCUAAUUCGCGCACACAAAAAUCAAAUCUCUGUUUUAAUUUUCUCUUUCUUUCUGAAUUUCUAAUUCGCCAUUGACAAACCAAACAAACCUCACGACGAGUCACGUAACAGAACCAUAGACUUAAAAGAUUUGUAGGUUGUUAACAGCAGAGACUCUUUCUUCAUAUAAUCUCUGCCCAUCACUCUCUCUCUCUCUUUCCUCUUAAGCUUUUCCGAUGGUUUCGUUAUUCUUUACCCUCUUUUCUCUCUUCUUCCUCUCCGUCCAUGUCUCUUCCGCAGCCGACACAAUCUCCGCCAACUUUACUCUCUCCGGAGACCAGACACUCGUCUCCUCCAACGGAACUUUUCAGAUGGGUUUUUUCACACCAGGUUCUGUAACUUCUCCAGGCUUUUACAUAGGUAUGUGGUACAAUAAAGCCUUUCAACAAAAAGUCGUCUGGGUAGCUAAUCGAGAGAAAUCAGUCUCCCAGAGGAGCACAUCAGUUCUCAAAAUCUCAGGCGGAAACUUAGUUCUACUCGAUGGCGAAAGCCAGACUCCAGUUUGGUCAACCGGUCUUAAUUCCACCUACUCUUCCUCUUCUCUCAAAGCGGUUUUGCUCGAUGACGGCAAUCUCGUUCUCAGAGACGAAUCGGGCUCUGUUCUAUGGCAAAGCUUUGAUCAUCCGGGUGACACGUGGCUUCCCGGAGCCAAAAUCCGGUUAGACAAACGAACCGGAAAGAGUCAACGACUCACGUCUUGGAAGAAUGCUGAAGACCCAUCACCAGGUUUGUUCUCUCUCGAGCUAGACGAGUCCACAGCUUACAAAAUCCUCUGGAACGGUUCGACUCAGUACUGGUCAAGUGGUCCUUGGAACCCUCAGCGCAUGAUCUUCGAUUUGGUCCCCGAAAUGAGACUCAAUUACAUCUACAACUACAGCUUUUUCUCCAACUCGACAGAGUCAUACUUCACUUACUCGAUGUACAAACACGCGAAUCUCUCACAUGUGACCAUGGACGUAUCGGGACAGGUUAACCAGUUAAUUUGGUUAGACAUCAACGAUAAAUGGAACCUGUUCUGGUCUCAGCCUCGGCAACAAUGCCAAGUCUACGGUUACUGUGGCUCCUUUGGGAUUUGCAGUGACAAGUCUCAACCUUUUUGCCAAUGCCCUCCAGGGUUUAGGCCCAAGUCACAAGAAGAUUACUGGAAGAAUGAUUACUCUGCAGGGUGCGUCAGAAACACUGAGCUACAAUGCUCUCGUGGAGACGUUAACCAGUUUCUGCCUAUUUACAACGUGAAAUUCCCUGACAAUUCAGAGGAGUUGGGGAUGCUGAGUCUUAGUAUUUGCGGAUCAGCUUGUCUAGGGAAUUGUUCUUGUAAGGCUUAUGCACAUGAUGAAAGCUUGAAUCGAUGCUUGACGUGGAGUAAAGAUAUCUUGAAUCUUCAACAACUCGAAGAAGAUAAUAGCGAGGGGAAUAAUACGUUAUAUCUUAGACUCUCUGCUUCCGACAUGCCUCCUGGUUCUUCCGUCCCAUUUUCAGAGGAGAAAACAGAACGUCGCCCUAAUUAUCCACUAAUUUUCGGGGUAACGGGAGCCUUGGUUGCACUUACGCUCCUGGCUUUGGGAUUAUAUGCUCAGAAACGAUACAGAGGAGACAAGAACACGAGAGAAAGAGAUCUGAGAGCCGAGGGUCUGCAAACGGCUUUCUUUACUUGGAGGCAACUACAAGCUGCAACAAACAAUUUUGAUGAAGGCAACAAACUUGGAGAAGGAGGAAAGAGCUCACUGAAACUGAACUGGGAAGCAAGACAAAGAAUCUGUGUAGGAAUCGGAAGAGGGCUUGAAUUCCUCCACGAAGGAUCUUUGAUCAGGAUGGUUCACCGUGACAUAAAAACCAGUAACGUUCUUCUAGACGCUGACCUUGAUGCAAAGAUAUCUGACUUUGGGUUGGCUAGGCUACAUGAAGAAGAACACACUCACAUUAGCACCAAAAUUGCAGGGACCAUCGGAUAUAUGGCUCCGGAAUAUGCAUUAUGGGGUCAAUUAACAGAGAAAGCAGACGUGUACAGCUUCGGUGUUGUGGCAAUGGAAAUUGUUAGCGGGAAGAGUAAUACUAAACACAAUGGAACUGGUGAUCACGUCUCACUUAUCAAUUGGGCGUUGGCACUGCAACAGAAAGGGGACAUAAUGGAAAUCGUAGAUCCGGUGCUCGAAGGUGACUUCAACAGCAAGGAAGCCGUGAGGAUGAUCAGUGUUGCUCUCGUUUGCACAAACUCAUCUCCUUCGUUAAGGCCAACAAUGUCAGAGGCCGUGCAAAUGCUAGAGGGAGAGAUCGAAAUAACACAGGUUAUGUCAGACCCUUCUAUGUACGGACACGACUUAAGCUUCUCAAAACUGAUGGAGAGGAUCGCAAACAGUCAUACACUUGAUGGUCUUUCCGGAAAUGAGAAAUCAGCGUCGGAUCAAACGAGAAGGACAGUGGCAUCCUCAGUGUCUGGUUAUGAUCUGUAUCCAGUUAGCUCAGAAUCCGUGAGCCUAAUCCUCUCUACCGAAAUACCUCCCUCGUCACUGUAAUAAUCAAAGGACGAUGAGUGGAAAAGUAAAGAACCAUCCUCUAGUUCUUUUUUUUUUGGUUUAGGAUACUUAGGAAUUCUCUUUGGGUUGGGGAUAGAAAGACCAUAAAAGUCCACUGUGGAUUAGUUGCUGAUAUUUGGUCAUUUAGUGUUACUUGGGAAUAAAGAAAGACCGUUGGGUUUCUUAUUCCUGCUGUGUGUUGAAUUAAUGUAUCUAUAUAUUUAUUAAACAAAACAAGUCUUUU